AUGGCUCCUUUUCCUGUUCUCGACGAGAAAUCUACUCGAGCACUUUUCGACGAGCUUCCGCUUGGAAUUAUGGAUGAGCAUUUGAACAAGCACCAGAAGGAGAAUCUUGAGAGCACUCUGGACCUGUCUGGACCUGCUGUCGAAAGGACUCUUCCUUCAGUUCUGUCGGAUGAGCUUCCUCGGGGCAUUCUGGUCGAUCAUCCUCUCUUUCCUCGGCUUGUAGCUGGAAGCUCUUUCCAGCCUGCACCUCGAAGCUCUUUGCACUGCCCUGUCUCCAACACAUCUCCAUCUUCAGCCUCAGAGUAUUCUCGUGGCCUGCCUGAAUCUGCACAGAUGUCGAGCCCCAACCCCUCCAAGAUCGUUUUGGCAACUGAUGCCAUAGCGAAGGAUCGUGCUGGACGUCGGGAUCGUCCUGCCCCGCGCCAUGUAGGCCCUCCUCAGGUGGAGGAUCGCCAGGACCCUUACGAGGCCAUUCUGCUCGGCCCUGGCGAGAACAAGAUUGAUGUCGAGAUUGACACUCGACUUCCCUCUGCCGCUAUCUUUACUUUCCACAAGGAAGACCAUACCCUUGGUAACAUGCUUCGCACUCGUCUUCUGAAAACCCCCCACGUUGUCUUCGCCGCCUACAAGAUUCCUCACCCUUUGACCCCCAACUUCCUGUUGCGCGUCCAGACUGAUGGUGAGAUUACACCCCGCCAGGCUGUGAUCACCGCCUCCAAAGCUUUGAUCCAGGAUUUGGGCACCCUGUCUCGCGAAUUUACCAAGGAGUAUGAGCUGCGCAAGAUGGCCAACGCUGCCAACCAGCAGCAAAAUAUCGAGUAA